CUGGAAUGUGGAGCGAUGCCAUCCGUGUGUGCAAAGAGUACAUCCCAGCACAGCUUGAGCAACUGCAGCAGGAGUACGAACGGGAGGUGGCCAAGACAGGAGCCAGAGGGACAGAGGCAUUGGUAAAGCAGGCCCGUGAGUGGGAGCAGGCGGGGGAAUACGCCAGAGCUGUUGAUUGCUACUUGAAGGUUAAAGAAAUGGAGAACAUUCAGCUAAUGGAAAAAUGCUGGAUGAAGGCAGCAGAAAUAUCUAUCAAAUUCUUGACGCCAGGCAGAGGCUUGGAAGUGAUUCGUACUGUGGGCCCUCAGCUUGUUUCUGCUGGAAGACACAAUGCGGCUGCGGAACUCUAUCUCAAUAUGGAUCUCUAUAAGGAGGCGAUUGAUGCGUUUAUUGAAGGUGAAGAAUGGAACAAAGCAAAGAGGGUGGCCAAAGAGAUGGACCCUCAGUAUGCAGAAUACGUGGAUGAACGCUACAAGGACUAUCUGAAGAACCAAGGCAAAGUGGACUCGCUGGUCGGCGUUGAUGUCAUGGCCGCCCUGGAUAUGUAUGCCGAGCGAGGACAGUGGGAAAAAUGCAUUGAGACAGCAGCCAAGCAGAAUUACAGGGUUCUUCACAAGUACGUUGCUCUGUUUGCAACUCAUCUCAUCAAGGAGGGCAACUGGAAUAAAGCACUCAGCUUAUACGUACAACACGGAGCUCCGGCAAACCCACAGAAUUUCAACAUCUACAAGCGCAUCUUCUCUGAGAUGGUGAACAGUGGCAACAUGAACCGUUCGGACAUGUAUCACGUGUGGGCCGAUCUCCGGGAUACUCUGUGUAAUCUGUGUGAGAACUUGGUGAAAUCGAGCGAGGCCAAUUCCGGAGCACACCAGGAGUUUGAGCAGAUGCUGCAGAUUGCUCAUUAUUACAGCACACGAUCCGCUUCACUCAGUGUACCGCAGCUG